GCAAGAGCGUCAUCUCGGUCCUAUAUUAAACAUACCUCAGACGGAUCUCGCCAUUCUUUUCGGGCCGUCACGAUCAACUCCAGUCGUUUGAUAGAUCAAUCAGUCUCAUUUUCAUCAUGAAGGGUUCCGCCAUUGCGACAACCCUCACCUUGGGUGCCUCCGCCGUCCUCGCCGCUCCGUCCAUCAAGGCGCGUGAUGAUGUGACCGCUGUCACCGUGAAGGGAAAUGCCUUCUUCAAGGGCGACGAGCGUUUCUAUAUGCGUGGUGUCGACUACCAGCCCGGUGGUUCCUCUAACCUGGCCGACCCCAUCGCCGAUGUCGACGGCUGCAAGCGUGACAUCGAGAAGUUCAAGGAUCUCGGUCUGAACACCAUCCGUGUCUACUCCGUGGAUAACUCCAAGAACCAUGACGAAUGUAUGAACGCCUUGGCGGAUGCUGGCAUCUACCUGGUGCUCGAUGUCAACACUCCCAAGUACUCUCUCAACCGUGCCAGCCCCAAGAUCUCCUACAAUGAAAACUAUCUGCAGUACAUCUUCGCUACUGUCGAUGCCUUCGCCGGCUACAAGAACACUCUGGCUUUCUUCUCCGGUAACGAGGUCAUCAAUGACGGCCCCUCCUCCAAGGCUGCCCCCUACGUUAAGGCGGUCACUCGUGACCUCCGUCAGUACAUUCGCAGCCGCAACUACCGUGAAAUUCCUGUUGGAUACUCUGCUGCCGACAUCGACACCAACCGUCUCCAGAUGGCCCAGUUCAUGAACUGCGGUACCGAUGACGAGCGCAGUGACUUCUUCGCUUUCAACGACUACUCCUGGUGUGAUCCUUCCUCUUUCACCACUUCCGGUUGGGACAAGAAGGUGGAGAACUUCACUGGUUACGGUCUUCCUCUGUUCCUUUCGGAGUACGGCUGCAACACCAACAAGCGUCAGUUCCAGGAAGUCAGCUCUCUGUACAGCACCGACAUGACCGGCGUCUACUCUGGUGGCCUGGUCUACGAGUACUCCCAGGAGCCCAGCAAAUACGGUCUUGUUGAGAUCAACGACAACAAGGUUAAGACUCUGGCUGACUACGAUGCUCUGAAGUCCGCCUUCGAGAAGACCAGCAACCCCAAGGGCGACGGUGGCUACAACAAGACCGGUGGUGCCAACCCUUGCCCCGCCAAGGAUUCCCCCAACUGGGACGUUGACAGCGAUGAUCUGCCUGCCAUCCCCGAGGGUGCUAAGAAGUUCAUGAAGGACGGUGCUGGCAAGGGUGAGGGUUUCGCUGGCAAGGGUAGCAUGAGCGGUGGUGGUAGCACCUCGACCGGCACUGCCGAGCCCGGCUCCGGUUCUGCCACUGGCAGCUCCGGUAGCUCCUCCGGAACCUCUUCCUCUUCCUCGGCUGCUGGUGUCCUGAACAUCCCCAACAUGUCCCUGGCUCCUCUUGUUGUUGGCAUGGUCACGGUCAUGUCCACCUUCGUGGGUGCUGGCAUUGUUCUUGUUUAAAACUUGAGCUCGUGACUUGUGAGCUUUGGUGGUUUUUGUUUCAUGAUUUUCUUCGAUAUCAUUUGUUUCUGUCGGUAUCCAGAUGGAUUAUUUAAAGGUGUAUAUCCAAAUUGACGAAAACUGUCUUUGGCGUUAACUUGGAAGGGGACGCCGGCAGAAGGAUUGUGACUUUGUACAGUUUGUUGGCACACAAUUAGCCAGUUUCCAUGUGUCAGUAUAGAAGCAUUAAUUGAACGAUUCAAUUCC